AAUUUCCUACUCCAUUUCGAGGGAAAAAGAAUUGACAGUUGCUUGCACCCGUUAGCUGAGUUGUUACCUUUCCCAAAACGAUGCAAACCUUCAACCACUCCACCAUAACGACACCUAAAUUUGGAGGCAACAAUUACCUCAUGAGAAAACACCUUCACCUUAAAAAUAUUAAAUGCAGCAAUGCAUGUGACUUUUGCCAACACCCAUCUCAGACACACCUAUCCUAUCCAACAACCACUGAACUAACAUCACGACAACCUUGUCCUUCUUCAUCGUUGCUUCGCAAUCUUAAACCUUUCCUUCCCUCUGGACCAGUACGAGGCAAGGAAAUUGCCACUUACUUAACACUUUGAUCCUCUAUCAAAGGCUGUGCUGUGCUGGAUCAAAACUUCAAAUUUCAAAACAAGGUUCAGUUAAUUUAAUUUGGAUAAGUUUGUUGGGCUUGGAUGCUGUUGUAAUUGAUCUACUAAUGGGAAUCCACCUCGCCUUGUUUCUCUUUCUGGCCUCUCUUCAAAUGACUUUAUCUCAAAAAGUUGAACAUGGUUUGGUUCAAGUAGAUGGAGUUCAAGCAAUUGCUGAAACUGAUGAUAACUUUAUCUGUGCCACUAUUGAUUGGUGGCCUCAUGAGAAGUGUGAUUACAACGAUUGCCCCUGGGGGGAUUCAUCUGUGCUUAAUUUGGACUUGUCUCAUCCUUUCCUUGCCAAGGCAAUCCAAGGUUUCAAGCCUUUGAGGAUAAGAGUUGGAGGUUCUUUGCAAGACCAAGUGCUGUAUGAGGUAGGAAGUUUGAAGUCCCCUUGUCAUCCAUUUCAAAAGAUGAAAGGUGGUUUGUUUGGAUUUUCAAAGGGAUGUUUACAAAUGAAAAGGUGGGAUGAGCUGAAUCAUUUUUUCAACGAGACAGGGGCCAUUGUGACAUUUGGUUUGAAUGCACUCCAUGGGAGGCACCAGAUUAGCCAUACUGUUUGGGGAGGAGACUGGGACACUUCCAAUGCCUAUGAUUUAAUCAAUUACACAAUUUCAAAGGGGUACAAAAUUGAUUCGUGGGAAUUUGGUAAUGAGUUGAGCGGGAAGGGCAUUGGGGCAAGUGUUGGUGCAGCACAGUAUGGGAAAGACUUAAUAAAGCUUAAAGAAAUUUUACUCUCAUUAUACAAAAACUCCAAGCUCAAACCUUCACUUUUAGCACCUGGAGGAUUCUAUAAUAAAGAGUGGUUUGAUAAGCUUCUUAAGGUUACUGGUCCAGGCAUAGUCAAUGUGCUGACUCAUCAUGUGUAUAAUUUGGGCGCAGGUAAUGAUGAGCAUCUUGAAAGGAAGAUUCUAGAUCCUGAGCGCUUGAGCAAGGUAGAAUCAAUUUUUGGCAAUCUUUCAGAAACCAUUAAAAAAUUUGGUCCAUGGUCUUCUGCAUGGGUAGGAGAAUCCGGUGGGGCAUUCAACAGUGGUGGUCGUAAUGUUUCCAACACAUUUGUAGAUAGCUUUUGGUACUUAGAUCAACUUGGAAUAGCAUCAAGAUACAACACUAAGGUUUAUUGCAGGCAGACUUUGAUUGGAGGAAACUAUGGUCUUCUCGAUACCACUACUUUCAUUCCCAAUCCUGACUACUACAGUGCACUUCUGUGGCAUCAGCUAAUGGGGAAGACUGUUCUUUCAGCUAGUAGUGAUGUUUUUUCACCUUCUUUACGCACUUAUGCCCAUUGUUCAAAAGGCAGAGAUGGUAUAACAUUACUGCUGAUAAAUUUAAGCAAUCAGACUCAUUUCACACUCAUGGUUCAUGACCGUGUGCCUGUAAGUAAUGGAGGAAAUGAAAAUGCUAAAAGCAUCCAUAAAGAAAAUUCAUUCUUUAGUCAUCUCAAGAGUGCAUUUUCUUGGAUUGGAACAAAAGGAUCAGAUGUCACAUUCAGGGAGGAGUACCACUUAACUCCAAAAGAUGGUUACCUUAAAAGCCAAACCAUGUUGCUGAACGGUAUCCCCCUAGAGUUGACAAAUGAUGGAGAAAUUCCAACAUUGAAUCCAGUACUCAACAGUGUACAUUCUCCGAUAUACUUGGAUCCUUUAUCCAUUGCAUUUAUUGUAUUGCCCAACUUUGAAUCUCAGGUUUGUGCUGGACAUAGAAAACUUUAAUAGAAAACAUAUCUUCUACCCGUUGUAUAUUUUAA